AUGGCGACUUGUCCCAUGUUGAGGUGGCCAGAGCCAGUUGGCCACAAUGAGUUGGCUAUGCUUCUGUCUCAAAUUCCCUGUGCCUAUAUGCUGAUGAAAUGUCCACUUAAGGUGAUAAUAGAAGAAAAGGAAUGGUUCCAUUACUACAAGCCAGGAGACUAUUUAAUUACUGGAAUAAUGUCUGGGAUCGUAUCUCGACUGUACCAAUUUUCGUUCUCCGAGCCUCCAACCUACCAAUUGAAAAGUGAGAACACCUUCUACCACCUUCUGCCCUUCUUGUUGGCUGUUCAUGAAAUCAACCAGAAUUCAAGGCUCUUACCCAACAUCACCCUGGGCUACAACAUCUAUCAGAACUUUUUCAGUGCAAGACUGACAUAUGAGGCCAUGAUGGACCUGGUGUCCACAGGGCAGGAGAACAUCCCAAACUACAGAUGUGGAAGACAAAAGAACCUGCUGGCAGUCCUUGAAGAGGUGGAUUCUGAACUCUUUGAUCAUGUUUCUAAUGUCUUGAGCAUCUACAAAAUCCCACAGAUCAACUAUAGUGUCAUCAACCAGAUUGCUGAGCAAAAUAAACAUUUUCCUUUUUCAUAUCGGAUGACCCCAAACCAAAAACCUCCCUACUCUGCAAUUUUUAAACUGCUCCUGCAUUUCCAUUGGACGUGGAUCGGCCUCCUUUCUCUGGACAAUGACAGAGGAGAAAAAUUCAAAAGAAGCUUGGAAGCUCUUGCUCUAAAAAGUGGGAUUUGCAUUGCCCUCUCAGGAACCAUCCCAGAAGCAAAUAUGAAGACAAGUGCUAGAAACACCCUCAUGCAAGAAAAAUGGGAAAUGUUCCUUUCUCUUAUCAAGAGUCAAAUAAAAAUCAUAGUAUGCCAACUGGAUUUUAAGGCCUCAGGGAUACUAAUAUCAGUAAUACAAGAGCUUGAUAAGAGUAAGAAAUUCAUUGUGGGAAGAGUGUGGAUUGCAACAACUUUGACAGCUUUAAGUGUAGUUCUUUUUGACCUCUUGGUUGAUCUCCAAAAUAAAUAUGCUUUGUUUUCCUUCCUCAUCCAGACAAAGGGAAGGGCUCAGUAUUAUGACUUUAAAUCUUAUACAUCUAUGGUCACAGUGUAUGGAAAGGAAGCAUUCCAAUGUUCCAUUUCAAGUCCUUUGUUAUCUAAGAAGGUUUGGAAAAAAUGCAAAGAAAAAGAGAACUGGGAAUUCCCACCCCAUGAUGUGAUUGCAAGAAUCCUCUCUCAGGAUCCCUCCGGUAUUUCCAAAGUAAUUCAAAAUGUGGCAUGGGUCCUCAGUGCUGCCUCUUCCUCCCAACAGAGUAAGAGGAGAAUGCAAGUUGGAUAUUAUGAAUCAUCCCAGAUCGUACAGCCAUGGCAGCUUCAUAGGUUCCUGAGAAACUUCCAACAUCACAAUAUUUCCAGAGAUGGGAUUUAUUUUGAUGAAAAUGGAGUUCCUCUUGGUGAUUUUGAUAUCAUGCACUGGACAUCAUUUUGGGAAAAGUCUGAUGCAGGGGUGAAAAUUGGGAGUACAGUGCCUUAUUCAAGAUGUACAGAAAGUUGCUCCCCAGGUUAUGCCAAGCUUGUGAGAGAGGGGGCACCAGUUUGCUGCUAUGACUGUUCUCUGUGUAUGAAAGGAACAUUCUCUGUGCAAGAAGGUAUACUGCAGAAACAGAUACAUGCUAACAAUUUUUUUUCAGAUGCAUCCCACUGUGAUAAGUGUCCAGAUGACCAUCAUUCCAAUAAGAAGCGAGAUCAGUGUGUCCCCAAAACUAUAAGCUUCUUAUCUUAUGAAGAAUUGUUGGGAUUCAUCCUGGCUUUCUUUGCCAUUGUUUUGUCCCUGACCACUGCCUUUAUUCUGGGAACCUUCAUUAAAUACCGAGAAACUCCCAUAGUCAAAGCCAACAACUGUCAACUCACCUACAUCCUCCUGGUUUCACUCCUGCUUUCUUUCUUGACCUCUCUUCUAUUCAUUGGUCGCCCCAUGAAAAUGACUUGUUUUCUUCGACAAACCAUUUUCAGUAUUGUUUUUUCAGUUGCUGUAUCUUCUGUUCUGGCCAAGACGGUAAUGGUGGUGGUGGCCUUUCUGGCCACAAAGCCAGGCAGCAGCAUGAGGAAAUGGCUUGGGAAGACUCUGGCCAAUUCUAUUGUCUUAUCCUGCUCGGGUAUUCAAGUAGGCAUCUGUAUGAUAUGGCUGGGAAUUUUCCCCCCAUUCCCAGAUUCUGACUUUCAUUCCCAACCAGGACACAUCUUGUUGCAGUGCAAUGAAGGCUCGGUUGCCAUGUUCUACACUGCCCUUGGCUACAUGGGUUUUCUGGCUGCCAUUUGCUUCUUGGUGGCAUUUCUGGCUCGAAAGCUGCCAGGGAGUUUCAAUGAAGCCAAACUGAUCACCUUCAGCAUGUUGGUUUUUUGUAGUGUAUGGAUCUCCUUUGUACCCACCUACUUGAGCUCCAAAGGGAAAUACAUGGUAGCUGUGCAAAUCUUCUCCAUCCUGGCCUCCAGCCUGGGUUUACUAAUCUGCAUCUUUAUCCCCAAAUGCUACAUUAUUAUUCUGAGACCUGCCAUGAACACAAAAGAAAAUCUGAUGAUAAAAAAUCAUUAA